AAACGAUAUUGGAUAUUGGACUCUCAGGUGGAUUAUUUGAAAUUUGUCGUUGCGUGCUGUUAACCUCGGAAAUGGCAGAGCAUUCGAUUGAUGAGGGUGACUGGGAUGAUGAUGUUAAAAAUAAAUACAAACCACCGGAAAAACGUACUUUGGAUGAGUUGAAGAGUUUGGAUAAGGAAGAUGAAAGCUUGCAGAGGUAUAAACAAGCCCUUCUAGGUGCUGCCGUUUCAACCAUCAAUGCUCCAUUUCCAGAUAAUCCUUCAAAUGUUGUCGUUGAAAAGUUUUGCAUACUCGUUGAAGGACAACCUGAUAUUGAAUUCAACUUACGAGGCGACCUCUCCUCUCUUAAAUCCAAGCCAGUUCAAAUUGUGGAAGGCUCCAGUUAUCGCAUCCAAGUGAUAUAUUAUGUGCAGCGUGAUAUUGUCUGCGGGCUUCGUUUCAAACAGUGGACAAAUAGAGGUCCUCUUCGAGUUUCUUUUCCUAAUAUCUAA